CCACGCGCAAGCGCAGAGUGCUCGCUGGAGUUUUCCCGAUCCUUUUUCCGUGUUUUCAGCUCCUCCUUCCGGAGCAGGAGCGCGGAGCUCUGGGAGAGGUGUGCAGCCAGCCGGCAUGACGGAUCCACCGGGAGCGCCGCCGCCGGCGCUUGCAAGCCGCGGGUGAAGAAGAAAGUCCGGCCCCGCUCUUCUCAGAGCGAGAAGGUAGCUCACAGCAGGGAGGUGACUAAAAGUAAGAAAGUGACCCGUAGCAAGAAAGUGACCGGGACCCAGGAGGCGACCCAGGUAGAGGAGGUGAUUAAGAUCGAGGAGGCGACCCAGACCGAGGAGAUAACUGUGGCCGAAGAGGUGACCCAGACCGAGAACAUGGCUCAGACCGAGGAGAUGGUCCAGACGGAGGAAAUGGAAACACCCAACAUCAGCGUGACCGUCACCCACAGCAAUGAGAAGUAUGACCUUCUGGUUACCCCACAGCAAGGUAACAGUGAGCCAAUUGUUCAAGACCUGGCUCAGCUUGUUGAAGAGGCCACUGGAGUUCCACUGCCUUUUCAGAAGCUCAUAUUUAAGGGAAAAUCUCUGAAAGAAAUGGAAAUGCCCUUGUCAGCACUUGGGAUGCAGAAUGGUUGCCGAGUCAUGCUAAUUGGUGAAAAGAGCAAUUCAGAAGAAGAGGUUGAGUUAAAGAAGCUGAAAGAUUUGGAGGUAUCUGCAGAGAAGAUAGCUGACCACCUGGAAGAGUUGAAUAAAGAGCUUUCUGGCAUCCAGCAGGGUUUUCUGGCUAAGGAAUUGCAAGCGGAGGCUCUCUCCAAACUUGAUAGGAAAGUAAAAGCAACAAUUGAGCAAUUCAUGAAGAUCUUGGAGGAGAUUGACACAAUGGUCCUACCAGAAAACUUUAAAGACAGCAGGCUAAAAAGGAAGAAUUUGGUGAAAAAGGUUCAGGUGUUCUUAGCAGAGUGUGAUACAGUGGAGCAAUACAUCUGCCAAGAGACAGAGCGGCUGCAGUCUACAAACUUGGCCCUGGCUGAAUGAACUGCAGUGGAGAGUGGCUGUACUGGCCUGAAGAGCAGCUUUACAGCCCUGCCCUCUCUGGAACAGAAGUUGCUUGUUUCUCCAAGUCUGCCAGGGGCAACUAGCCAAAUGUCAAUUUCCCUACUCCUCCAUAGGGUCUCAAUGAAAAAAAGUACUGUCUUUGCAACCUGAA